AUGGCGCCACAGGAUUCAUUCAUCGAUGAGGAGGACGAGGUCUGUCCCCUCUGUAUCGAGGAAUUCGACUUGUCCGACAGGAACUUCCGACCAUGUCCCUGCGGUUACCAGAUUUGCCAGUUCUGCUUCAACAACAUUAGGAACAACAUGAAUAGUUUGUGUCCUGCAUGUCGAAGGCCGUACGACGAAAAGACAAUUCAGUGGAAGGUUGUGACACAAGAAGAGAUUGCCGAGUUCAGAGCCAACAUCCAGAAGAACCAAAAGAAGCGCGCAGCAGAACAGCGCCAGCGAGAAGUCCAAAAGCGCGAGGCCGAAAAGGAAAACCGCAAGAACCUCGUUGGAGUGCGAGUCGUCCAGAAGAACCUGGUUUAUGUGACCGGGCUGACGCCGACGGUUCGCGAGGACGAGCUUCUCAGGACCCUUCGAAAGCCCGAGUUCUUCGGCCAGUACGGCAACAUCCAGAAAAUUUCGAUUAGCAAUCGGAAGGGCUCGGAUGGCCUGAACCAGUCCCUCGGCAUAUACGUCACGUUUGAGAAGAAGGAAGAUGCAUCCCGAUGUAUCCAAGCCGUCAACGGUUCACAGAACGGCGACAGAGUACUGAGAGCCCAGCUGGGGACUACUAAAUAUUGCUCGGCCUGGCUUCGCCAUGAGCAGUGUACCAACCGACAAUGCAUGUUCUUGCACGAGCUGGGAGACGAGGAGGAUAGUUACACGCGACAAGAUUUGUCCUCGAUGAAUAGCAUCAGCACUCAGCGCCCUCUCCCGGCGCGGUCUGCUUCGAGACAACAGACCCAUCCAUCCCCCGCACCGCAUGCAGCACAGCCCAUGGCUCGCACCUCGAGCAAAGAUGGUUCGGACAAUGGCGAUGGAUCGGCUCUACCGUCUUCUGCUAAUUGGGCUCGCAACCCUCAGGUCCGUAGCCGGAGAGGCAGCCACGCAACCAGCGGUGCAGCCCCGAGUCCCGCGAUAUCGAACUCAUUGCCUGUGACUGCGGAGUCGGCCCAGGAAGCUAUUGAAGAAGCGCCUUACGAAGAACACCAGACUCCUGCUGGACCUUCCACCGAAGUUGUUGCGGUUGCACCUGCCUCUAGGUCCCCCAAAACCAAAAUCCAGAAAGCGAAGCGUAUCCCACAAGACGCGCUGGCUUCAUUGCUUAAGUCACUUAACAGCUGUACACUCAAUUGGCCCACUGCAGACUCCGACGCCUCAUUCCCGCCUCUUUUCGAUGUAAGGGGUGGGGCGAAACGCAGAGCCAUGCGCAACAACGAGGAGCUCAGCGUCACGGACGACCAGGAGCAAUCCGUUGAAGCAAGAGACCCUUCCGAGGGAGAACCCGAAAGCAGCGGUAGUCUCGCUCUUGGCGGCGAACCCGAGGACCGCGAGCACGUCCGCGAGACGCAUGGCUUUGACUUGCGCAGGACCGCUCAACCUCCUAUCCAGCGCUCACCUGCCGAUGGACUAUUCGGGCCGCCCCUUGGUUCUGCCAUUGGGUCUUCUUUUAGCCAGUCAACGACCAAUUUGGGCUCGAUUGGGAGUCGGGCCAUGACGCCUCAGCAAACCGCGCAGCCCGCAUUCAUUCGUCCCCAAAGCACCUUUGUCGAUCACCUUUCCCCAAGCGCCUCUUCGCAGGCGAGUCUCUUCCAGGGCCAGGGCCACAACCGACAAGGUUCCCGUUUCAGCUUUGCAAACGACGGCAGGGACGCGACGUCGUCGACCUCGGUUAAGCUUGCAGCAAAUCCCCGGAUUAUGGCACAGCAGUCCUCAAUGAUGCCAUCGUCCUUCCACAACCAACCCGGCAACCAGUAUUACGCAUCAUCCAUGUCGGGACCGCCCCCCGGGCUCAAGUCGACAGGCACCCCCCCUAGCAUGUUCGGACAACAUGGUUUUAACUCGACCUUUGGGGGCGUGUCCAAGGAUUCCAACGAGAUUCUUCAUCUCCUAAACCGGGGGCGGAGUGCAGGCAACCAGGUCCACGAUGCGGGCAAGCGUGAGUACAUGUUUCCUUCGUUUUCUCAACAGUACCCACCCUCUACCUCCUCCACCCCUGCUCCUGCCUCAAGCCACUCGGCAUCGCUCUACGGGCCACAGCCUGGAGCCUUGCAAGACUUUGGUUCAAAGCAGAAGAAGAAGGGAAAGAAGCACAGACACGCUAACACUUCCUCCGCCGGGGGGAGUGUCCUAGUUGAUCUUGCGGACCCGAGCAUCUUGCAGGUGAGACUGCAGUCUCAGCAGCAACAACAUCUGCAGGCACAGGCUCAGGCUCAGAGCGGUGCCGGACUCGGACAGGUUCUGUUCAGUGGCCAGCCGCAAGAUGACGACCUGCUUUCGUUUGAGGCGGUAACAACCAGUGUCGACGCUCUCGUCUCGGACGAGCCCAUCGAUGCCAGCAUACGCCAACCACCUGGCGCCUUUGACUCGUCUCGCUCUGCCACUCCCCCAAAGGCAGAGCAGCGCACUACAGACAAAAAGCCAGUCCCAGGCAUUUUGAACAUCGCGGCAGCUACCAAAGCAGCUCAGGCGAGAAGUAUAGAAGCAUCAGCGACAACGGAGAAAUCUGGCUUCGACAGGGAUUCAGCCUUUCCCGCUCUUCCCACGCCCUCCACCGCAUCCGUUUCGUCGCCUCUUGCUCGCAUGGCGCCCAAGACCUUGAGGCUAGUGUCCACACCUAAAACGGAGGUGCCACCGACACCAUCAGCCGGCGGUGCCCCGCUCUCGGCUGCUCCCUCUGUGCGAUCUGCCGCCACUACGGCCAUGCGACCUGAGACUCCUGUUAGCGAAUUGAUCUCAGAUAGUGCCUCCAUUUUCUCGGCAUCCAUGUCGGUGUCACGGACAAACUCGCCCCCUCCGACCAAGGCUGGGUCUGCUCCGGUGCGAACCACAACCAAGAGCCAACAGCGCAAGCAGCGCAAAGAGGCUUCCAAGAAAGACACAUCGACAGUCGUAACCCAGCCCGCCAAGCUGGAGCCCGAGGUGGAGAUUGCGCCCAUCAUCGGCCGGAAAAAGAAGCAGAAGAAGGAGAAGGAGAAGCCCAGCAGCCUGAACGCCACGCCAACGGUAAGUCGCCCAGAGACGCCCCUACAGCAGCCUCCGCCAGCGGCACCUGUCAAGGAGGCGAAGGAAAUUAAAGAAGAGUCUUCUACGUAUCGAUCCACGGCAAACGAGACCACCAUGUUAACCGAAGAGAGCCUCCCCAAGAAGGCUAGCGACUUUAAGGCUAAGAAUGCCGAGGGAUCAAAGCUAGAUAGGUCUUCCAACCCAUCCUCGUCUGGUUCGGCGUCACUGUCGCCUCCUACGCCCGCCGCGGUACUUGAAGAUCUCCAAAAGGCCGGUCUUGCCCCUGCCAAUGUCGACGAUCUACCUUUCUUCAAACUUCCUACCGGCCAAGGCGACAAGUCAAGGAGCGAUGUCGGCAGUGCUAGGGCGAGAGACAUCUUGGCAGGCAAUAGCAUAACUCCGACCAAGUCAAUGGUCACAGACGAGGACCAAACUAGUCUUCUUGCUGGCAAGCCGGUCCGGAAGCUUGUGGAUGGCGCUCGAGUGUUGCUCACGCCAAAUGGCGACUGCGUUCGGAAUCUCACCGUUGAGGAAGAAGACCGCUUUCUGGAGCUUCAGAAGCGCAUCGCCGAAGCAGCAGCCAGUCCGGCCGUGUUUGUAUCAUCCCGGCAAGAGGCCGGCGGCGGGUUCAGUUUGCUCAAGGGCCGUGCUGUGCCUAACGGGCCGCCCAGCUACUUUCCAUCGGCUUCAGGCGCAUACCGUUCGGACCCGAUGAACAAGAUACAGCGGGAAGAAGCGAUAUACUACAUUAACCAAUAUGUGUUGCCGCGGCUGAAUCUUAAUGCUAGAGACAUGAGCUUUCCCAAGGCAAUGUCUUCGUGGAAUCCGGACGCUCGAAGCACCGCUGCCUCGGCCGCCGCAGCGAACCUCGGCUCGCUCGCGCCCUGGAUGUACGGCAGUGGGUCUCCGGCCCACGACGGCGACGCAGCAGCGCCUGAGCUCAGCUACCCCGGUCCCGUCGGCGCUUUUUCCGACGGACACCAGCAUCAUCAUCAUCCGGGCCUCGCCCCGUACCUCGAGAUCUCGACGGGCAACAUUCUCAACUCGCCACCACCGCCGUCGACGGCCGACGAGCUCCUGGCCUCUGCCGCUUCUGUCAGCGCCAAGCCCGGUCCUAACCCGGGCGCGACGGGGCCUUUUGGCAACGUGCCGCUCAUGAGCCUCGAGGAUGCAGAGCAAGCGCUCACGGGCGGCCACGAGACGGACGUCCGCACUACCGCGCUCUUCAUGGCCGACGGGAAAUAUCGAUCAGUGCUCCUGCGCGCCCUGCGCCGCGUGAGCUGGCUUGGCGUCCGCGCCGCCUUUGCCGCCGCCUGGCUUGCUCUCCUUGUCGUUGAGUCUCUCCUGCUCCUCUUGUGGUCGUUCCUCACCCUCGUCUCGCACGGCGCCAUGUACGUCGUUGAGGCUAUGUGCGCGCUCCUCGACUGGGUCGGGGCCGAAUAUUGA